UUAUUGGCGAAUUUCAAUGAGUUUGGUUGAGACGUUUACCGAGAUCAGAGAAGCGGGUAGUGUUUCGCUUUUUAGCGGAAGAACAUUUUCUUGAGAAGUGUUGAAGGGUGCCUAGCUAGUUUUUUUUUUUUGGAAACUGGGCCAAGAUAAAUUCAAUAAAUUAUGAUUAAAAAAAAAUAAAUAUUUCAAACGUCUACAUGUGGAAUAAAUAGCAGAAGCGCCGUAUUAGGUAAAAUUGACAACAAAGAUGACUUCAACAAUGUCAACGACCGCUUCAACAGGAAACGUCAGCCCUAUCAAUGCAGUAUCUAAUGGGCAAAAGUUUCUCUUACUGCUGGAGAAGAAUUGGAUCAUCCAAAAGCGGCACUACUUGCAGACGCUGUUCGAAAUUAUCAUUCCGGUUCUGUGCUGCUCAAUUUUGCUAAUAGUUCGUGGUCCUGUGGAAACCUAUUUGGACGCCACAAUCUUUGAGCCUUUAUCAACGGAUUCUAUUAACAUUCAUUGGUCAAUCUCCAACGUUGAGGAAAUCGACUACCGACUGGCAUACUCUCCGCAGAAUGAAAUACUGGACCGAAUCAUGGCCGGCGCAGCCGAAUCGCUGAACAUCUCAACCAUUAGCUUCCCAAACGGUCAAGCUAUGGAGUUCAGCCUCAGAAGCCGAAACAUUUUAACUGGAGUGGAGUUCGACGACUCUCUAACGAAUGCAACCAGCUUGCCGGAGAAGAUCAGCUACGCUCUUCGUUUCCCCGGAGAACUUCGCGUAUUUGGUGGACUGAUCUCAGACUGGUCAACCGGUGUACUGAUGGAACCGUACUCGCCACGGCCACGUAGUCGUUUUUCGGACGACGGAGGACCUCCCAGCUAUUUCGCGGAGAACUUCCUCUCUGUUCAAACGGCGGUCUCGAGGGCCAUCAUCCGGGAACGUAAUCCUAGGGCGAGUGUGCCUCCGGUGUUCGUUCAGCGAUACCCCUAUCCACCGUACACGAAUGACCCGGUUCUGCAAUCCAUGGAGCAGAUGCUGUCCUUGGUCGUUGUCCUGUCGUUCUUUUACACGUGUAUUGUGAUGGUCAAGCACAUUGCCGUCGAGAAGGAACGGCAGCUGAAGGAAGCGAUGAAGAUCAUGGGACUGCCCAACUGGCUGCACUGGGCGGCGUGGUUCGUCAAAAACAUCCUGCUGCUGGUGAUUUCGAUAUCGCUGAUCACAGUCCUGCUCUGCGUCUCCUUCGACAACCCUGCUAUUCUGAACUACUCGGACUGGACCGCGGUAUGGUUUCUCCUGUUCGUCUACUGCGUAGCGAUCAUCUGCUUCUCCUUCAUGAUGAGUGUCUUCUUCAAGAAAGCCAAUAUUGCGGCCGGAAUAGCCGGAUUGAUGUGGUUCGUGUUCGUGGUGCCAUACAAUGUGACCGCGCAAAACUACGACGGAAUGAGCACUGGGAGCAAGAUCGGCUUGGGUUUGUUCUUCAACAGUGCCAUGUCGUUUGCGAUGAUGAACACUCUUCGAUUUGAAGGUAGCCAAGUGGGAUUGCAGUGGAGUAACAUGUUUACAUCGACCACGAUCGACGACGGUUUCAGCGUGGGUUUGGCGAUCGUUAUGCUGCUGGUGGAUGCGUUGAUCUACCUGGCGAUCGCUUUGUACGUGGAACAGGUAAUGCCAGGUCAAUUUGGAGUCGCCAAACCGUGGAAUUUCCUGGUCAAGAAGGAUUUUUGGACCAAGAAGGGAUCCAAAGCGGAAAAUGUUCCACGACGACUAAUUGAAAGACAGAACUCGAAGUAUUUUGAGGCAGAACCCAAUGGAACGAAUGCAGGAGUUCAAACGGUCAAUUUGCGCAAAGUAUUCAACGGGAAUAAAGUGGCGGUCGAAGGAUUGAAUCUGAACAUGUAUGAAAACCAGAUUACAGUCCUGCUAGGUCACAACGGAGCAGGUAAAACCACCACUAUGUCUAUGCUCACGGGGAUGUUUUCGCCAACUUCUGGCACAGCAUAUCUCAAUGGACAUGACAUCAGAACGGAUCUUGAGGGAGUCCGACAAUCUAUGGGAUUGUGCCCUCAGCACAAUGUACUGUUUGAUGAGAUGACCGUCAUCGAGCAUCUGAAGUUCUUCGGUAAACUGAAAGGCGUACCGAGGGCAGCUCUCGAUGGUGAGAUCGAUAGAUAUUUAAGGAUGUUGGAGCUUCUGGACAAGGGAAAUGCUCAGUCGCAAACACUCUCCGGUGGUAUGAAACGAAAGCUGGCAGUUGGGAUUGCUCUUUGCGGUGGUUCAAAAGUAGUAUUGCUCGAUGAACCAACGUCAGGAAUGGAUCCUUCGGCUCGGAGAGCUCUUUGGGAUUUACUACAGAAGGAAAAGAAGAAUCGCACAAUGCUGCUGUCCACGCACUUCAUGGAUGAAGCGGAUGUUUUGGGUGAUCGUAUCGCGAUCAUGGCAGAUGGAGUCCUAAAAACGGUUGGAUCCCCGUUCUUCCUCAAGAAGACAUUCGGCGUUGGAUAUCGACUGAUUUGCGUUAAGGGCCCAUAUUGCAACAGGGAUCUGCUUUGUCAGAUCUUAAGAAACUACAUUCCGGAUGUUCGGGUCGAAACCGACAUUGGUUCGGAGUUGUCGUUCGUGUUGAAGGAGGACUACAUUGGAGUGUUUCAGAAAAUGCUGGAAGAGUUGGAACGACGAAUGGCGGAAUGCGGUAUUACAAGCUUUGGUAUUUCUCUGACCACGAUGGAGGAGGUGUUUUUAAAAGCUGGAAGCGACACACUUUCGGAAGAUCAUUCUAAUGGAACUUCUAUUGAGACGACCAAUCGAAACUAUUCGUUACACAACAUGAACCUUUUGACGGGAAAUGACCUGCUGCUCAGUCAAAUUAAGGGUCAAUUUUUGAAGAAGAUGCUGUCUUCUCUUCGUUCGUGGGGUACGCUAAUCAUCCAGAACGUGAUUCCAAUCUUCUUCGUCAUUAUGUCUUUCGCUAUUAUUCAAAGCGUUUCUCAAACUCAAGAUCCACUUAAGAUAUCCCUGGAUUCCUACAAAGAAACAGUUACUGUAUUGGAAGGUAACGCUGUAGUUGAUCCACGAGUACAAGCCUAUCAGAAUUUGUUCAACAAAUUAGAUGGAACACAUCGACUCGAGGUGGUUCCUGAAACGGUACCAGACUUCAUCCUGGAGAAGUCCAUGGCAGCUCUCUCCGAAGUAAACGUCCGUUACAUGGUGGGUGCCACCCUUAACGAUACGGCCUAUACCGGUUGGUUCAACAAUAAAGGUUACCAUACAGCUCCACUGUCGCUAUCCCUGAUAUUCAACGCCAUAAUUGGUUCGGAAUGUCCAACUUGCGAGAUCACGGUCGUCAACAAACCUCUCUCGUAUGAGUUAGAAACUAGAGACGUUUUCGAUAACGGAUUCCAACUGGCCUUCAACACCAGCAUAGCCAUGGCUUUCGUCGCUGCUUUCGUAAUUCAGUUCUACAUCCGCGAAAGAACUUCGCGGGCGAAACUACUCCAAUAUGUCAGUGGUACUAACAUCGCUCUCUACUGGGGCGUCGCCUUCAUCUGGGACUAUCUCAUGUUCCUCGUAACCUGCCUGCUGUAUAUUGCUACGCUUGCCAUCUUCCAAGCGAAAGGUUGGUCGUCCUUCGAAGAGCUUGGACGCGUAUUCCUCCUGUUGAUGCUUUUCGGGCUAGCAUUCUUACCAACCACCUAUCUUUGCUCGUUCCUGUUCACAGUACCGGCCACAGGGUUCGUAGUCCUUCUCCUACUCAACAUCGUUUCCGGAGUUGUAUUUUUCAUCAUCGUUGCGAUCCUCAAGGCAGCGGGUCCUGCUCUGAAAGCCAUCGGCACAGCUCUUGAAUGGGUCUUCAUGUUCUUCCCGAACUUCGUACUUGCGAACGGGUUGAACAACAUUAACCAGAUCAUCAUUAGAAAUGCAUCUUGUAUGGCGCUGUGUGACCUCAAUGAUGAAUGCACAAUGGAGAACAUGUGUGGGUUUGAGCCGAGUUGUUGUAUUCCGGAUGUGUUGUCCUUCGAUGAACUCGGUAUCAAUCGCAACUUGCUUUUUCUUGCAUUUGUCGGGGUCUCAUCCUUUCUGAUGAUCUUGGCAUUGGAGUAUCGCCAGAUACACAAAUUCAUUGAAGGUGUGUACAAACGCAAGUUCCCUUGGACACCUGCUUAUGUCGAUGAAGAUGAGGACGUUUUGGCGGAGAAAAAACGAGUUCACGCAAUGUCACCCAUCGAACGAAACCAAUAUAGCUUGGUAAUGAAGGACCUAAACAAGUACUACAAGAAAUUUUGUGCGGUCAAUAAUCUCUCGGUAGCGAUCGACCGUUCAGAAUGCUUUGGAUUAUUGGGAGUAAACGGAGCCGGUAAAACCACUACAUUCAAGAUGAUGACUGGAGAUGAGAACUUCUCCUCCGGGGAAGCUUGGGUCAAGGGAGUGAGCUUGGCGACCAACAUGAGCACCGUUUAUCAGAAGAUUGGUUACUGCCCGCAGUUUGAUGCUUUGCUGGAUGAUCUGACAGGACGCGAAACGUUGAAGAUUUAUGCCCUUCUGAGAGGAGUUCGCAGUGAGGACGUUGGUAAUGUAUCGCUGACUCUGGCGGAGGACCUGAACUUCCUGAAGCACAUCGACAAGAAAACAAAGGAGUACAGUGGUGGAAACAAGCGAAAGCUGAGCACGGCUUUGGCCUUGAUGGGUAAUCCAUCGGUGGUGUAUUUGGACGAACCGACGACUGGCAUGGACCCAGGGGCGAAGCGUCAGUUCUGGGACAUGAUCUGUAAGGUGAGGAAUUCAGGCAAAUCGAUCGUGCUGACAUCACACAGCAUGGAGGAAUGCGAAGCUCUGUGCACGCGACUAGCGAUCAUGGUCAACGGAGAGUUUAAGUGUUUGGGUUCAACUCAACACUUGAAGAACAAGUUCUCCAAGGGAUUCCUAUUGACCAUCAAGGUGAAUAGGUCAGAAGACGCUCAGGAACAGCAGCGAAAGAUCGGUGAGGUGAAAGCAUUCGUGAUGACUCAGUUUGGCGGGGCGGUAUUGAAGGAGGAGUAUCAGGAUUCACUGAGCUUCCACGUGCCACCAACUGACUUGAAGUGGUCGGCAAUGUUUGGAUUGAUGGAGUCCAACAAGGAUCGGCUGAGUAUCGAAGACUACGCACUUAGGCAGACAUCGUUGGAGCAGGUGUUCUUAUAUUUGACGAAGUACCAGCGCGUAUUAUGAACAGAUGGACAAUGGUCGGAAAAAAAUUGCACGACUACUUUUAUCGCCUUAAUUUAAGAUAUAGCCUAUCUUAAAGUGCUAGUUGAUCUCUGUAUUAUUUCACAUAAUAUAUAACUUUUUCAAACUGCACAUUUAAAAACAGGAUUUUUUUAAAUGCAAUAAAAUUGGAUUGGAGGAGAAAA